AUGGAAGGAUUCCGCUUCUGGAAGCAGGGUUAUUGGAAGAGUUUCCUCAAGGGUUUGCCCUAUCACAUCUCUGCUUUGUACGUGGUCGACCUGAACCGAUUCCGGGAAUUGGCAGCCGGUGACAGGUUGCGUGGCCAGUACCAAACCCUCUCAUCAGAUCCGGCCAGCCUGAGCAACUUGGAUCAGGACCUACCCAACCACAUGCAGCAUGUUAUCCCUAUUAAGAGUCUGCCACAGGACUGGCUCUGGUGCGAGACAUGGUGCUCGGACGAGGCGCUGGCGACAGCACGGACCAUUGACCUGUGCAACAACCCCCUGACCAAGGAGCCCAAGCUGGAUCGAGCCCGGCGGCAAGUUCCAGAGUGGACCGCAUACGAUGAUGAGAUUGCUGCUUUGGCAAAGAGAGUCGCCAGCGAGCAGAAAUCAAGCCAGGCAGACGAAAGCCAACUCGAUAGAGACGAAGAAGAAGAAGAAGAAACAGCAGCAGCAACAACAGCAAGCACCGGAUGGGAGAGGAAAGAUGAAUUGUAA